AGCGCUUGGCCCAAGACUGGGGGCCAUGGCCACGGACGGAGAAAGAUGACAGGCUGGCGCCGUUCCGAACGGCGCGCCACUGGAUACUCCGAGCCCGGGGAAAAGGUGGAGAGAUUCCAAGGUCCUCACAAGUUCCUGUCGAACUUCUUUUGGUCCGAGCUGCGCUUUGAGGGCCUGAGCUACCCCUCGGUGGAGCACGCUUUCCAGGCCGCCAAGCUGAGGAGCAACAAGGAGCGCCAGGCCUGGGGCUUCACGGAGCCGAAGCUGAGCUUCGGCGAUGCCAAGCGCCUGGGUCGCCAAGUGCCGUUGCGAGACGACUGGAAGGACAUCCGCGAGGAGGUGAUGGCCCAAUGCCUCGCCGCCAAGUUCUCAGACCCCGUCCUGCGCCAGCGGCUGCUGGCCACCCAGGGCCAGCUGGUGGACGGCCACUCCGGGAGCCCGGACCUCGUUUGGGGCUACCACAUCCCCUCGCAGCAGGGCGAAAACCGGCUCGGCCACAUGCUCAUGGAUCUUCGGUCCAAGCUAUACGACUCUGGGGAAAACACGGAUUCCACGGUCGUCUUGUACCACCUGGAUUGGCCCGUGAAGUGCCUGCAUGACGGCUUGCCCGCGGCCUACGCCGCGCGCAUCCGCGAUUUUGCGCAGGGCGCCAACCUCGGGGGCUGCAUCGCGGUGCUGCCGCGGCGGAGGAUUUGCAUCGCGCUGCGAGGAUCAAGUACUGAUGUCGAGUCCUGGGAGCGUCGAAUGCGCACGGAGCACGUGGACGUGAACAGCCGAGGCAAGCCGUGCCGUGAGCGCAUGCUAGUGGAGCUUUUCAGAAGGACCGGUUCGAUAAGGUCAACUUUGGGCAGGACCUUUGAUUACCAGGAGGUCCCAGACUGGGCGGCGCUGUGCCGCUGCCUCUCCGGCCUUUUGGGCGAGCUCCCGGACAUCGCCGCCGCCUUGGGCCCGGAGGUGCCAGAGCUGCCACGGAAUCCUCGGUACGUGACCGGCCCAGCCGGCGAGCGCUGCGCCGUGAUCAUCCACGGCCAGCGCUGGGAGCUGUGCCUCAACGAUGCAACGGCGCGCGCGGUGGGUGAGGCGUUGCUGGGGCCGGUGGACGCACAGGUGGCGUUGGGCUCUGGGGAGGAGAUCCCCUUGAACGCUUCCUGCGGGGGCAUCUUCGGGGGCAAGUUCGCGCGAGAGCUCGAGGGACUCCUCUCGCCCGACGAGUGCCAAAGGCUGAUAAAGCUUUCAGAAGGGCAGGCGUCGAACCGCUCCAAGGGCUUCAACCCCUUCGCCCACUUUGCCCUGCGCUGCUUGGUGGACGCGCCCUUGGUGGCCCAAGCGCUGACGCGGCGCUUGCGUCGCCUGCUGCCAUCGGAGUACCCCCCGCAGUCCGGGCGCCAGCUAUUGGGCGUGAACCAGCGCCUGCGCUUCCUGAAGUAUGUGCCGGGUAUGCACCACAGCGACCACACGGACUGUGCCCACGAGGACGAAGCCGGCCGAAGCUUCCUGACGGUGCAGCUGUACCUGAACGAUCGCUUCUCGGGCGGGCGGACCACCUUCAUCUCUGACCGGCUGGUGCCGAUUGAGCCCACGCCCGGGAAGGCGGCGAUCUUUGACCAUGAGCUCUACCACCGGGGGCAAAUGGUGACCUCGGGGGUGAAGUAUGCCGUGCGUAUGGACGUGUCCUACGGAGCUCCCGGAGCUUUCGAAGCUCCGGGAGCGCCAGCGGAGCGGCGCAAGGGCAGAUGGGGCCGGAAAUGAGCAAAGGCUCCAGCGAAGGGCAAAUCGCGAUGUUUAGCUUCAACGAGCAGCCCAAGACUGUGACUCUGCCAUGUCAGAUUGGGGUCAUGCCGUUCUUCCGCAAGCGAGCUGUAAAUAGCGCCGAAUUCUGGACCGAACGUGGCCAGCGACAAGUCCAAGACUUGGGUCUAGUGCUGGCCAAAGGAGCCGAGUUUUCGCAGCUGCAUGCUGCAAUUUUCGCCAGGCCGGUCUUUCCAAGAACCUUCCGAUACUUUUGGAC